UUCUGCUUUAUUUUAAUUUUCUCAAUCGAACCAAUAAGGGGAAAGAGCGCCAUGGAAGCGAUACUCACAGACUGUGUUCAAAACAGUCUCCGCCAUUUCAUGUUAAAAAAUGCCAUCUUCCUCUGCGAACGUCUUUGCGCCGAGUUCCCUUCCGAGGUGAAUUUGCAGUUGCUAGCUGCUUGCUACUUGCAGAACAAUCAAGCUUACUCGGCAUAUCAUAUUCUAAAUGGAAUGCAAACAACUCAGUCCCGCUACUUGUUUGCGAUGUCAUGCUUUCAGAUGGAUCUACUUAAUGAAGCUGAAACGGCUUUAUGUUCUGCUAAUGAGCCCGGUGGAGAGAUUCCAGAUGGUGCACCUAGUCAUUAUCUUCUUGGCCUUAUUUGCAGGUACACAGAUAGAAAGAAAAGCGCCAUUCAUCAUUUUAGGCUGGCUUUGUCUAUAGAUCCUUUAUUUUGGGCUGCAUACGAGGAGUUGUGUAUAUUAGGUGCUGCUGAAGAAGCAACUGUGGUUUUUGGGGAAGCAGCUGCUCUUUGCAUUCAAAAGCAGUACUUGCAUCAUGGGUUAGCUUCCCCAAAUUUGCAUGCAGCUAGUGAGGAUUAUAGUUUGGUUUCUUCCCAAAAACUUGGUUCCGAAGAUGUCAUUCCUAGACAACUGAAACACAUACAAGGCAGUAACCUCAGAGAUAUUCCUGGUAAUCAUCAUGGAGCAACUAUAUCCGUGUCUCAGCCCCAAAAUAGUGGUCCUUCAAAUAUAUCAUUUUAUAAUACUCCUUCACCAGUGGCUUCACAGUUUUCAGGAGUUGUACCGCCACUUUUGUGUAGAAAUAUGCAGCCAAAUGGUUCCAAUCACAACACGGUUAAUACUGAUGGUUCUCCCAAGUCAGUUGUGAACUCUGCCUUUCAAGCCCCUCGAAGAAAGUUUGUCGAUGAAGGAAAAUUACGAAAGAUUUCUGGGAGGCUAUUCUUUGAUUCUGGUUCCCGUAGAAGUACAAGAUUGGCUGGAGACGCUGGGACCAACACAAAUGCAAAUACCACGGCAGUAGCUGGAAAUGGAACUAACUCUUCUAAAUACCUUGGAGCCAAGUUGAGUUCUAUUGCUCUUCGUACUGUGACAGUUCGAAAGUCUCAAUCUUGGGCGAACGGAAAUAUUGAAGAAGGAAUAAGGAAUGAGACAUUUGAUGAUUUUCGUGCAAAUGCGGCGUCAGCAACUUCUAGUUCGUCUUCUUCUGUUGAUGUUAGAUCCCUUGACCAAGACGAGCCAACUGUUCCAGUUGGCGGGGUUUUUAUUAGCUGCUCAAAACUUGUAAGUGCUGCUUCAGAAGUUUUAAGCCUUUUAACAACCCUCGGUGAAGGCUACAGAUUUUCAUGUCUGCACAGGUGUCAGGAUGCAUUAGAUACCUUUCUAACACUUCCACUUAGGCAUUAUAAUACAAGCUGGGUCCUGUCCCAGGUUGGAAAAGCACAUUUCGAAUUGGUUGAUUACUUAGAAGCUGAUCGGGUAUUUAGUCUUUCCCUUCGGGUGUCUCCUUACAGUUUAGAAGGAAUGGAUGUUUACUCCACUGUUCUAUAUCAUUUAAAAGAAGAUAUGAAGUUAAGUUACCUAGCUCGUGAACUGAUAUCAACUGACCGCUUGGCUCCUCAAUCAUGGUGUGCCAUGGGAAACUGCUACAGCUUGCAGAAAGACCACGAAACUGCUUUGAAAUUUUUCCAACGAGCUGUACAACUGAAUACAAGAUUUGCAUACGUCCACACCCUUUGUGGUCAUGAGUAUGUUGCGUUAGAGGAUUUUGAGAAUGGAAUCAAGAGCUACCAGCAUGCCCUCCAGAUCGAUUCAAGGCAUUAUAAUGCCUGGUAUGGUCUAGGAAUGAUCUUUCUUCGUCAAGAGAAGUUUGAGUUUUCUGAGCAUCACUUUAGAACAGCUUUCCACAUAAACCCACGAUCUUCUGUUAUAAUGUCUUUUCUUGGAACCGCUCUCCAUGCCUUAAAGAGAAGUGAGGAUGCCCUGAAGAUAAUGGAUCGUGCGAUUUUGGCAGACAGAAAAAACCCGUUUCCCAUGUAUCAAAAGGCUAAUAUACUAAUGAGCUUGGAGAAAUUUGAUGAUGCUCUUGAAGUUCUCGAGGAACUGAAAGAGUGUGCCCCUCGUGAAAGCAGUGUGUUUGCCUUGAUGGGUAAAAUCUACAAGCGGCGUAACUUGCACGAAAAAGCCAUGCUUCAUUUCGGAAUCGCUUUGGAUUUAAAACCAUCCGCAACUGAUGUUGCUACGAUCAAGGCUGCCAUGGAGAAGUUACAUGUACCAGACGAAUUACAAGACUAACCUAUAAAUCUUCAUGGUUUACAAAUACGUAUCUUCAGAAGUUGGUACUGCUUGCGCUCUCGGUUCGUGCCGAAUAAAACAGUAACAAUGUCCAUUUAUUUGUGCAGGUAGAUCUAAUGGGGCGUAUCUUGUGAAAAUGAUCUCAGUUUUUGUGGGUGAUUCACAAUCGCAAGACUUGAUUAACAAAAUUACUGAUAUACAUGUAUCCCAAUAGUUGUAAGCGCUUACUUUGUACUUGUUUCGUACUCUUCGUUUGUUUCACCGUUACAUUUGAGGCAACAUAAAAGUUAGUGUUGGCUUAUUACACCAUUU